CGUCUGAAGGGGGUCAAUUAUUAGAAUUAACAGCACAUGAACGUUGCUCCGGAAUAUUUUAACAGUCUGUAUCUGUUUUAUCAACGCUUUUUCAUCGUUAAUUUAUUUUUUUGGGGGGGAUGAAACUGAUAGUUUGCUCCGCUGUUGGAGACAAAGUUACCGAUUGUGAAGACCCAUCACUCGCUGCUUUUUCGCCCCCACAGCCCACAGACUGACCCCCGGGGGGACGUGGAGCAUAGCUGCGGAAAUGUUAGCAAACGAUAGCCACAUUUGAUGGAAGAAAGCAACUUUGAUUUUAGACAGGCGGUCCGUCCAGGUGACCGUAUGCGACUGCUUCUGUUCACCAGCUAAGAAGCAAUUUGCUGGUCUGUAGCCAGCUAACUUUAGCCUUGUCAGCGUGUGGCCUGCGCUGCUUCUUCUUACCUGCGCUUUCGGUGGACACCCCCCCCAUCAAAGUAAGGGCCAUGGACUUCCCGGGCCACUUUGAGCAGAUCUUCCAGCAGCUAAACUAUCAGCGUGUCCACGGUCAGCUGUGUGACUGCGUAAUCGUGGUCGGCAGCCGACACUUCAAGGCCCACCGCUCAGUGCUGGCAGCCUGCAGCACCCACUUCAGAGCCCUGUUCACCGUCGCUGAGGGAGAUGCCAGCAUGAAUAUGAUCCAGCUGGACAGCGAGGUGGUGACGGCUGAAGCUUUUGCUGCUCUGGUGGACAUGAUGUACACCUCAACACUGAUGCUGGGGGAGAGCAAUGUGAUGGACAUCCUCCUUGCAGCCUCACACCUGCACCUCAACAAUGUAGUGAAAGCCUGUAAACACUAUCUGACCACUCGCACACUGCCUAUGUCCCCCUCAUCUGACAGAUUAACCCACCACCACCCACAGCAAGAGCAGCAGAGGCACAGGCAGCAGCAGCAGGUAGCAGAGUUAACAGUGAACCCUACUCUAGCUGCUAACGCCAAUCUUGCAACAAACUCUGCUACGUCGAAGUUGCAGCGCUCCUUCAUGCUGCAGCAGCUGGGGCUCAGCUUGGUGAGCUCUGCUUUAGGUGGAAUGGAGGAGGAUGUGGUGGGAAAUGUCAUUGGCAGUAGGACGGUGGAGCAAAGAGCCUCCUUCCCUAUCCGACGCUUCCAUAAACGGAAGCCUUCUCUGGCACUGGGCCUAUCAGAGGAGAGACCAAGGCAGAGGCAGCGCCCCUCUGCUCCUAACCUCGGGUUGUUAGGAGAAGACAGAGUGAAUGCAGAGCGAGAAGAAGGGGCGCUACUCUCCCCGGACUCCCACAAGAUGGAUGCUGCAAUUACUGGCCGAGUAGGUGUGUCCCAAGAUGACCCUCAAAUGCCCAGCCAGUCUGACAGUGGACACUGUGAGGGGGAGGACUUGGGUAGAAUGCAGGGAGGGGUGGGUAAGGAGGAGGACAUGGGAGACAGGGACCACCAGGACAACAGAACAGGGGUGAAGAUGAAAUCAGGAACAGAAGAGGAGGAGGCUGAAGAACAGAAGGUGGUGGUUAAACGAGAGCCGCUCAGCUCACCUGAGCCAACCGAUGAAAUCAGCGACGUGACCUCGCAGGCUGAAGGCAGCGACCCGGCUGAGCCUGGGGGCCAAGAGGAGGAGGAGAAGGUGGAGCUGAGCCCAGAGAGCAGUGACCGCAGCUUCAUCUCUGAAACCCAGCCCAGCUCCCAGCUCCUCCUUAAGAGCAGCAUGGGAGGAGGCAGUGGAGUCGGGGGAAGUUUUGGGUGUAAUAACGGAUUGAACAGCAAAUCCGGUUUCAAUAUUUCUAGCUUCCUUGGUACUAAGGAUUUUGGAAGUGGCGAUGCAGGGUUGAUUGGUGGGGAAGAUGAUCUCCCUAACACAACAACUGGCGACACAGUCGCACAUCACUUUGUGCUGAGACAGGAAGCUGCUGAGCCGCAGAGCUCUGCCUCUUCCUCUCUUCUGCAGUCAGGUCCGCACAGUGGCGAGAGUCGCAACAGUUUUGGAGAUAACCUUCAGGCUGAUUCUCUGUUUCUUCGCCCCCUGCAUGAGGGUUUGGGGAACCCCAGAGGAAGUGGGGGAAGUGGAGGGGUUGAUCCAUUUGGUUUGGACUUCCAGCACUCUAGUCUGGGGCUGCACUCACUGGGGCGACCCUCACGAGGAACUGGAGGAGCCCCUGCCACCACUCUGGGUUAUCCAGGCUACAGACGUAUUGCUCCAAAAAUGACUGGCAGCAUGGGGGCAGAAGAAGGAGUAGCUGGUGUUCUCCAGGAUGCUUCCUCUCCCUCAUCAAGCCUGGCAAGUCCCCUGCUCCUCAACGAGAGUGGUGGGUAUGAGAUGAAUAGUGGCAGGCCCACCUCCCUCCCCCCUCACCUCACCCGAGCUUCAGCAGACGUCCUGUCUAAGUGCAAGAAGGCUCUGUCGGAGCAUAAUGUCUUGGUGGUCGAGGGAGCUCGGAAAUAUGCCUGUAAAAUCUGUUGCAAAACCUUCCUCACACUGACAGACUGCAAGAAACACAUCCGCGUUCACACAGGAGAAAAGCCCUACGCGUGUCUCAAGUGUGGAAAGCGCUUCAGUCAGUCCUCCCAUCUGUACAAGCAUUCCAAGACCACCUGUCUGCGUUGGCAGAACAGUAACAUGUCCAACGCCCUGUUGUAGGACCAACAGCAGAGAAGGGAUAUACAGGAUCAGAGAUAGGCUGAAUCCAAUUACUAAAAUUAUCACAUUUUUUGAUUUUUCUGAAGUUGUGUCAGAGCAGCUGUUCAGUCCAAAUGAAUCAGUCCUGAUCACAUACCAAAGACAGGCAGGAUAAUGUAAUCAUACACUUACUAUCAUAUACACACCAUCAAGUCAAUCAAAGUUUGCAUUUAACAAGAUUUUGGAGAUGUAGGACAAAAACGCCUCAUUUAUUAUUACUAUGGUUUCAUUAUAGAGUAGUAUACAGAUGUACACUGUAUACUCUCCUUUAAUUUCAAGUGGUAUUAUGAGGACUUUCCAGUAGUGUCAGUACAUGUUGCCCAUAGGUUUUAAACAGUGAACAGGUCCAGUUGAGGUUCGAUUUUUAAAGCUGCCACACUGUUGGCUGUAUUGUGUUUUUAACAAGUGAAGUGACAUUUACAUCUGAGGUAUAUAUAGUCUUCGGUUAUAGAAGCGAAUUUGUGUCAGUCAUUGUAACACUCCAGUGUAUGAGUGUUUGCAGAUAAUGGCAGCUGCAGAUAACAUGUAAAAUAUUGUGCUUAUAUGUAGAUUUUUUAUUGCACAUUUGGAAAACUUGUAGGAGCAUUUCACAUCAGACCGUAGAUUCAUCCUAACUGUGCAUACUGGCUGUGCCUUCUUCUGUACAAGGGAAGUGAAAUAUAUAAAGUAAUUCAGAUAUGGAUGCCAGAUACAUUGCCUCUAAAAAGUGCAGUCUCUAUCCUGUGAGACAGGCCUAGCUAAAGCUGAAAUUAGUAACUUUCAGCAAGAGCAUCUAGUGUUGCAGUUACAAUGUGAUGAAAUGGCCAGGUGGCAUACAUGUGAUUCUUAUAUUUACUGAAGUAAAAAAAAUUAAAAAUUAGAGGCAUUGCUAACCACGACAGGAGCAACCCAAAAAAAGCAGAUAUCCAUGCAUAUUCGACCACUUAAACAACUACAGUCAAAUUGUUGUGAGGUAUUUGACCUCUUUAGUUGCCUUUCAGUCCAACCACCUAUGAAUUAUCAUCAUUGAUUGUAUUGCUAAGCUCAGUUAGAGUUGAAAAUAUGUAAGAUAAUUCAGUUUGCACUGAUGGGGCCCUCUCUCACUUCAUGUGAGUAUGGGAAUUAAUGUCUUGAUACAUUUAUACCUGUAGUUUGUAAGAACAAGUAUUGGAUACAUAGGAAACGUUGAAUUGUGCUUUGAUUAUUUCGCCCAAUUAGUGUUUGCCAGGCAGAGCUGCUAAGUUGUAUUGUAUAAGGAAAUGAGUCAAUUUGCACCAGUCUUUGAAUUAACAGCAGAAAAAAAAUCUGCAUUGACUUGGCCUUGACGUCUCUCUUUGAAAUAACUGAUGUUGGUAUAACAUGACAGUUUAAUGCCAUGUGACACAACAUCUUCACAGGAAAAUGCAUCGUAAAUGCACCUUAUUACGUUUCAUGAUGUGCAAAAAAGUUGCAAUUUGUUUAGAUUUUUAUGUGUAGAAGAUAUGGCGUUAAAGCGACUUGUCAAUGUUUACUGACUGGGAAAAAAAGUUCAGCUGUGGCCAACAAGUUUACUAACUGUCUGUAUACUGUGUGUGUGUGUGUGUGUGUGUGUGUGUGUGUGUGUGUGUGUGUGUGUGUGUGUGUGUUCAUUUGUUUGAUUAAAGGGCAAUGAAGUCAUCUAUUUAUCCAUAAUUUAGAAUAUAUUAUUGUGGUCAGCUGUGGUUGUCUGUUGUUAUUUGGACAGAUUGAAAAAAAUACAACAUCUUUCCCUGUACAGUGAUUGUUCUAUUCUUUAUUGACAAUCAAUAAUAAGACCUUUGAAAGAAAGGACAAUUGAGUUGUGCUGAGUGGCAGGAAACUGUCCACAGCUUGUUGUGAUUCAUUGUGUGUUACAAAGUGCUUUUUUUUCUCUUGGAGACAUGACAAAACAACUCAUGAAGAAGAAAUAAACAUUGUGUAAAAUGUUGCUACUGUACUUGAUACGAGUGCUUUAUACAUGUGUUAUACAUCUAAUGUUGCAUCUGUUACAAAAGCACUUAGACAAUUCAUUCUUUUGUAUAACCAAUAUGUUUACUUGAACGUUAAACUAUGUGAAAACAUUGCUGCAUUACAAUUAUCCAAUUCUACCAGCUCGCAUGCCAGCAGUUUUAGCAUUUUUGUUCCUCUCAGCAGAUGAAUCAUUGACUGAAUUCUUUCUGUGAAUUAUUUUUAAGUAGUUCUGCAAGGCUCAUAAAAAAACAAACAUGCUGAGAAGGAAACCACAUUUGCAGUGUAUAGGGGAAAAACCCCAGUGAAUCCAACAUAUGAGGGAAUUUUACAUCAGCCUAGUUUGAGAUGCCUGACUUACUGCAGGAUGUAAAAAAGAGCAGCUUCAAUGGUAGACAGUUGAUUAAUUGAAAUCAGCAUUCAUGCAGUUCUGUCCCCUAACAAUAACACUGUAAAUACAUGUUUGUCUUUUGUAUACUUUAAUUGCUUGCUGUAUUGUGUCACCUAACACUGUCAAUGAGAAUCACAUGUUCAUUGCUUACAUAGUACUUAUUGUACUGUAGAGUCAUUACACUGUUAGUCAGUACAAAAUGAUUUAUUUGACGCAUAUGUUAGAGGAUAUUCUUGACGUUUUACUUCAUUGAAGAAUAAUUGCCUUGUAAGAUGUUCUCCCUGUAAAUAUAAGCUAAAGUAAAGUCGUUAAAGCUCAGCAACUGAUGGUUAAACCUCAAAUCUGACUUCUGUUCCCCUAUGUUGCCUACUCUCAUUCAGCUUCCUGUCUCAUUGUGGAGCUGUGGUAUCCUUUUGAGAAAUAUGGAGUUGUGGAGGUGAUGAUGCAAAAGGAGAGAUGUAAUCCUCCGAAAGUAGCUUCCCUGUCUCGCACAUAAAGAAUUAUUAUGGUGCUGUCUUCUAAUAAUGUGCAUAAACAAUUCAUGUGAAUAUCUGAAAAAUGCACUGUAUUACCCCUGAAAAGUAUGUAGAAGGCCUAAAUUGAUGAUUAAAGUCACUGCCUUACGCCUUGUAGCUUGAAAAGCGGAGCUUUUGGUGAUAUAAUGCCAAAACUGAAAGAUUUGUAUGUUGUUUUCUUUCUUGUAUAACUAACAUAUUGUAACCAGAGGACUAAAUGUUUGUCUCUUUACUGUUGAAGGCUAUGAAGAUUGUAUAGUAUGUUCAGUUGUUGUAUAGACUGAUUAAAAAGACAAUGAAGCUCAGUAUUAUUGCUGGUGACAUUUUUUUAUGCGGUAGCAUAGCGAUUAAUCAAGUAUAAGACAGAAUUGAAUAUUGUUGUUUAAGUUGAGUUGACUGAAGAGUCAGAAAUAAAGGAAAAGAGGAAACAUACAUUUUUUAAACAAGAAGUUUUAUCUCA